AUGCUCAUCCGGUUCGCGCAGGCAGUCCUGAAUAGGUCAAACUGUUUCACUGGGUUCCCUGGGGCAGUCGACACCAAAGCCAUCUGCUUGCUGUCUGACGACGAAGGCGCUUCCGUCGCCGAGCCACUCAUCGCUCGCGCCAUGUCCGCGUACCAUUUCUACGGCGGUUUCAACAUUCAACCCUGCGGCGCCAGCAGCGCCAGUGCGUACGGCAAGAACUGGUCCACGGCCAAGAAGGAGGCCUACUGGGAAGACGCUCGGAAUGGCUAG